AAAAUAUUUUACACACCGACAGGCGGUAGUUACAAAAAGUGGCCUGAACAUUUCCAUGUUACACGAGUGUGUGGAUGGCUGCAAGGUCUCUGCUAAACCAGCUGGGUUGGCAUUCGGGAAAGUACAAGGUGAACAAAGAAGCCUCAAGAGCUCCCUUCACUGUCAAACAACUCAACUCAAACAUGGCUGGCAACUACAAGAAACAGGACGAAAAUGAACCACCAUCAAAGAAGCGUCGAACAGAGGAGGAGGGAUUAUGGGAUGACAGUAUGGAGUUUACACAGGCAGAUCUUGGUGAUAUUGAUGACCUUGAGAUGCAGGCUUCACAGGCAGUUAAACAACAGCAACCCUCAACAAGUAAACCAACGGCCAGCACUGCAGCUCGUGGAUCGUUAGGCAGUGGGGAGUUUGCGAGGCCAGUUCUGUCACGCAGCAGCUCCUCCAGCCUUGCCAGUCACAACAGCAGUUCCAGAAACACUAGCUCCAGUUCUAGAGGGUCGAGUCACCACAAUGUGUCUGGUGCUUCUAGCCACUCAAACUACCCCAGCUCAAUCAGUGGAUACAAUACUAGCAACUCUGCCAGCAUCAAGUCAGGUUCCUCGUCUGACCAUGGUAAUGCCCAGUUCAGCUCCCUGUCACGCGGGCUCAGUUCCGAGUCCCUGGAUGUGUCAAGCCUUCUGCAAUCAAACCAGUCUAUCUCUCAUGAGAUCAACAUUAUCAAACAGGAGAAUGCUUCUCUACAUCUGCAGGUUGAUCGUAUGAAGGAGGAAGGUUAUGUGAAGGAGGGAGAAAUCCAGCUACUCCGAGAUAAUCUGAAACAGAAGGACUCAGAGCUGGACUCUUUUAAGCAGGAACGCAUCAACUCACUUCACCAGCAGAAUCUCCACACAAACGAGCGAGAAAAACAUUUACAGUCGGAGGUGACAAAGCUGCAGACACAGCUUCAGUUCAAGGAACAGGAGCAAAGGGAGUUAACUGAUAGAUGUCGGGAACUGGAGGCAAGGUUGUCCGCCUUAACCACCCAGCCUAGCACUUCCAUGUCCCAAGCAAUAAGGCCAAGUCAAAUGGUGAGCCCAAAGCCUCGAAGGAUACUUGUUGAGGAAAGGUCACCAAAAGCUCAUGGGUCAUCUACAGGUCAAGGUCACAGUGGAUUUCCUUCAACAAGAAGCUUUAUGUCAGCUGAGGUGUCCCCUGUCAAGGUCACAAAAGUGAAAGACGCUGGUUCAGAGACUGUUGUAACUGCUGCAGGUGAUAAUGAGAUGGCUAAUACAAGAUCAAAAUUAAGCAGAGCACUAGAGGGUAGGAGGGCUAAGGGACUGGUCUGCCGGGUAGAACAGAGAAGGUCCAACGCAUCCAAGCGUUUUGGAGCCCGCCUGCUAGAGGUGCCUGUAGGCAGUGAAGGGCCAGAGGGGCGGGGUAUGGUUGGGCUAUUAAACAACCCAACUACAAGCCCAAGUCUUCUAAAUGUGCAGUUUGAACGGGACAGGAAUACCAGUCUGCUAUCUCCUGCCAGGUCACUUAGAUUAACAGAAUUCAAGAAGCUGGUUGAACGAGUAGAGCAACCCGAGAUGAUAAGCCUUGUGAAGAUUAAGCAUUUAAACAUGGCAAUAUCUGGCUUCUCUGCGAUGAUCAAACCCUCCACAGAUUCAGACCAGCACAUGAGCUGGACAAAAAACAUUCAGAGUGGAGGAACUUCUCAAAGUGUCAGAGAUGGUAGCAAAACUCAUGCUUCUGAUAGUGCUUUAUUCAUAUUACCAUUAAUCGAUGACUACCUCCGUUGUUAUGUUGAAAUGAUGGUGGCAACGCUUGAAAUAUCGGCGUCAUCAACGGAAUCGAACGGAACUGUUACUGCAAGUUCCUCAAGUUCUGAGCCAUCCCCUUCAGGAUCUUUAGCAGUGUUUUUGAAAUCCUCUGCAACUUUUGCCAAUGAUCUAGAGGGUUAUUGCGUGGCAGCGCUGAGGGCCUUACAUGUGCUAUUGGCUUGUCCAUCUGUCCGUUCAGUUCUAUUGAACUCAGGAGAUGGUUCAGCAAACGUUUCCAGGGUUGGAGAAAUGUCCCAGUCUGAUAAGGAGCUUGCCCCUCCAUCCCCGGGACGCGGCCCAAGCCCAGCCUUCUGUGGAUAUGUGGCAAACCUGCAGACCCUGCCCAAACUGUUUAAGCUCUGUAACCCUGGCAUGAAGCUGCAUCUUUGCUGUGAGAAGAUUGUGAUCCACAGUCUGCAGAUUGUCACCUAUCUUACCCAGUAUGCAGAUGAGAAACAGUUCCAAAGUCUGUUACCUGCAGUCUGUGAAGAGUGGUUACCGCGGUGUCUCGAAAUGGAAGAUUGCCCCCAGAUGACAGCCCAGAGUUUAUACCUUGUCAGGGCUCUUUUGCACCACAACCAGGCUGUAUCUCUUCUCUGUACUGCACCAUCAGGUUGCUUGCUGCUCUCCUUGUACAGCCUGUGUGCUCCAGCCCGCCAUCAGAACAUCCCAUCCUCCACAUCUAUACUCCUCGCACAUGCAAUACUGGGAUGUAUACAAAGCCUUACCAGCUGUCAUAAAGGAGGGUUAAAAAUUCUUCUGGAGUCCGACUGCGAGUGCUCUGUGGAGGUUGUAAAAAGUUUAGUAUACUUACUUAAUGUGAUAUUAAAAAUACACAAACACCACUUCACCAAAGUGCAAGACAAUAAACUUAAUGACAGUUCAACAUCACAAACACUUAGUGAUAUCAAAGAAACAGAUCAUCAGUUGACGCAGUUUCAUGGGGUGUCAAGAACAGUGAAUAGUGACAUAGUAACACAGUGUGACACUCUGUUACGAGUGGGGCUACAUCUUCUACACCUGAUAUGGCAGCAGGAUGCCGAGUUCUACGCAAGACACAUCCCCGUGCAGAACGUGUAUGUCCAGCUGAUCUGUGGGCUCACACACAUCUUCAGACGUCUACCCAACCAUGAUCAUGAGAUGAAUGCACUCCAUGAUCUGUGGGACUUUAACCAAGAUGAUUCGGAAUUAAGCCAGGCCAGUGACUCAGACACAGACAUGGAUCAAACCUGAUAGCAAACCUUCUACUAGAAUCUCCAUGUACUUCCAGGCUCUCUCAAAAUAUAUGUGGAAUCAUCAACCAAAAAUUGCUGAAAAACAAUGACAUGAAUUAAAGGCUACCUCCAGUUACAUGCCUGCUUACAAUGGCAGGAUGAUCUGUAGAUAAACUGACUGUUACCCAGAUCAAGGAAAAAGUUGAGGGCUACUCAAUUUAAACCCAGGAGAGCAGUUACAAAUUGGAUUCUCUCUCAUUUAAGUGUGUGUUUUUUAAAUUGUUGUUGGUAGUAAGAAACAAACAGGAAUCUUCCUUCUUUAUUUUGUCUUACUGGGGUUAGUUGUAUGUUUAUAUGGAAUAGCCCAUACUCCGAUCAUAGGAGUUGGAAGUUAUACUACGCAUCAAUGUGCCAGAUUUUGUCGAAAGUUUUCUUUCAGUUAGUUUUCAGAGAUGGUUGAUUGUGACAUAGAGCAAAAAUGAGAUUGCUUUUGUGAGGAGCUAAUCAUUUAUACAUGUAGUUUAAACCUCAUUAAUGGUAAAUAUUACAAUGAGAACAUUCAUUGGUAGAGCCAUUAAUAAUAGUUAGCAAAUAAACCAUGUAGUCUUCCUUUCUGAUUGCAUUGAGAACAUUCAUUGGUAGAGCUAUUAAAAACGGUUAAAAAUAUACCAUUAAUUAUUCCUUCCUGAUUACAUAAUUAUUCCUUCCUGGUGGCAUUGUCAUACAAUACCAGGAUACCUUCAUUGACUUGUAAAGCAAUAAAUUACAAAUAAAAACACAUUCAUGAUUUUACAUAAGGCUUCAUUUUGUGAUUAUGUUUAAGCCUUGAUAUUUUAAGCAUUUACCUGUGUAUUAUUCAGAUACAAAUUAGUUUCCACUUGAUAUUUAUAAAAAAAUAACGGCUAUACAUUGGAAGUACUGUAAUCAUAUAAAUGUACCUUACAAUUGUAUACAAAUUGCUGUAUUUAUACAUGUAUAUUCGUUUAUACUAUUAAACAGUUGUUGUUCAUGAAUAAAAUUAUCAAAACCAAUGUUCCGGAUAUUUUUCAAUCACAUCUUUUAAACGA